CACCUCUCCCUCCACCCUUAACCACCCCCCGCACACAACCCACAUACCCCCCCUCCUACUUCCUCCAUCUCUCUACCCAUGGCCUCUGCAGUGCCCAUGGCCUCCAUGGCCCGCCCCUUUGCCGUCGAAGAUAUGUCCGACACCGUGCGUACCCGCGGCAUGGAUUGGUCGCAGGUGGAAAAGACAGUCGACGCAGACCAGGCAGACAUUGCCGCUGUCCGCCAGCUGGCAACCGUGUCCGAGGCCGAGGCCGAGGAAAUGCUGGCCACGGCCGGACCGGGCGUUCUUGGUGCGCUCCUCCGCCUCGCCGCUGUCCCAACCUCGCCGCAAUCGGAGCUUGUCUCCUACCUGCUGGUCAUCUUUGCCGACACUGUCGCCCGCAUGGGCCGCGAGCAGCUGUCGGAGGCGGCGUGUCAGCUGCAGGCCGGCCUGCUGGCUGCCGAGGGAAUCGGUGCGCCGCCGCCUGAUCUGGUGACUGGCGACGGCACGCCGCCGGCAGCCGACGACCCGCAGGUGCUUGCAGCGGCGACGGCGGCAGCGGCGCGCCCGCCGUCGGACCUCGGCUCGCGCACGUUCCCGCUCCUGCCUGCGGGCGUCGACUCGCCGGUCUACGGCCCGCUGCUGCGGAUUCUUGCCCGCGCCGAUGUCUCGGACCCCAAGGCGUUCUUUGUGGUGAGCAAGGUGCUGGAGGUGAUCAAGGCGCUGGCGCGCGCGCCGCUCCCGAUUGGCGUCACCCAGCUGGCCGAUCUCCUCGCUUGGGCCCACAACCAGACCGUGUCGUCGAUGCAGCGGGCGUCGUCAUCAGCGUCGGCGUCGGCGUCGACGUCGGCGGCGUCGCGGGUACUGGCGUCGGCUGACGCCACGGUGUCGACCAUGUCGGGUUCGUCGUCGUUCCUCGAGCCGGCCGUCGGCCUUCUCCAGACCCUCCUCCGCUACAACUCGGUCCGCCAGGAGUUCUGGGCCCGUCCGCGCGCCUUUGACGCCAUCCUCUCGCUCAUUGUCCCCGAGUCGCUCCAGUUUCAGCUCAUCUACCAGGCCCUCAACGUCCUCUGGCUCCUCUCGUACUCGGCCGACAUUGCAGCCGAGAUGCCAUCGCGUGGCCCGGUCAUUCCGCUCCUUAUGCGCGUCCUCAAGCGCGUCCGCAAGGAGAACGAAAAGGUCUUCCGCAUGGCCAUCGGUGUCGUCAUCAACCUUGUCGACCGUGGCCAGCUCGGCUCCGCCAUCGUCGAGGUCGGCAUGGUCAAGUACGGCAAGACGCUGCUGGCCCACGCGUGGAAGGACGCCGACAUGAUCGAGCGCAUCGAGGCUCUGCUCGACUCGCUUCGCGUCCACGAGGAGGAUCUCUCCACCUUUGGCCAGUACAAGGAGGAGGUGCUCUCGGGCCUCCUCACCUGGAGCCCCGUUCACAAGUCGGAGGCCUUCUGGCGCAUCAACAUCAACAAGUUUGAGUGGGAAGAGUGGCGCCUCCUCCGCGUCCUCAUCCAGCUUAUUUCGUCGUCGCAGGACCCGCUCAUUCUCGCCGUCGCCGCCCACGACCUCGGCGAGUUUGUCCGCAUCCACCCCGCCGGCAAGCGCAUCCUCACCUCGCUCGAGGGCAAGGACGCCCUCAUGGCCCUCAUGACCCACGCUGACGAGUCGGUCCGCGAGCACGCCCUCGUUGCCGUCCAGAAGAUGCUGGUCAAGAACUACUCGUUCACCACCCAAUGAACUGUUGUGGUACCACCCA